UACUAUAAAUAUCGCAAGUGGAGAGAUUCGUGUUCGAUUCUAUAGGGUUCCGAUCGAGCGAAGAGGAGGGAGAGAAAGAUGUCAUCGUCGACACUCCUCGAGCAAACUCGCUCCGAUCACGAGGAGAUUGAAAGAUUGGAGCGAUUGGUUGGGAAAGAUCUACAGACCGAGCCGUCCUCGAGCAGGGACAGAUUGGUACAGGGCCACCGUGUCCGCAACAUGAUUCACUCUAUCAUCCGUACCAUCGAGAAGCUUGUUGAAACUUAUGAAGAUAAGGAUGGGGCUAUGGAUGAUGAGAUUGCUGCGCUUGGUGGCGUGACUGGGACAGGGAUUAGCGUGUACAGUGCGUUUUAUGAUCGUUUGAAAGAGAUACGUGAGUAUCACAGGAAGUAUCCUUCUGGACCUCUUGUUGAUGCCAGCGCUGACUAUGAAGCACUUUUGAAGGUGGAACCAGUUAUAUCUUUCAGUGGAGAGGAAGGAGUUGGUCGAUACUUGGACUUGCAUGAUAUGUAUAACCAUUACAUCAACUCUAAAUUCGGGGGAAUGGUAGAGUAUUCUGUUUACCUUGAUGUCUUUUCUCAUCCAGAGAAAAUACCGCGCAAACUUAAGUUUCCAAGGCAAUACAUGAAGUAUAUGGAAGCUCUGCUAGAGUACUUGGUCAACUUUUUCAAGCGAACGGAGCCGUUGCAAGACCUUGACAAAAUGCUUUCUAAGGUUGAGAUUGAUUUUGAAGAGCGAUUUGCAGAUGGAAAAGUAGUAGGCUGGGAGAACCAUGGCCAGGAAAAUGAACUUGUUCCAUCUGAGCAUACUGUCAUAGAUCUUGGUUACUACACCACAGCCGAGGAAUUGAUUGACGUGGGACCUGAAAAGCUGAAGGAGGCGCUGGGAGCUUUGGGACUUAAAGUGGGUGGUACUCUGCAGCAGCGCGCCGAGAGACUCUUCCUGACAAAGCAUACGCCUUUGGAAAAGCUGGAUAAGAAACAUUUUGCCAAACCUGCGCUCAAAGGGAAACAAAACGGAGAUGCCAAAGCAACGCAGGAGCCAGACAGUGCUAAACAGAUUGCACUGACAGAGGCCAAAGUGAAGAAACUCUGCAACUUACUUGAUGAGACAAUCGAAAGGACUAGGCAAAACGUUGUAAAGAAGCAUGCCUUGACGUAUGCAGAGAUGGAGGAAGAACGCAAGGGGGAGGAGGAACGGGCAGCAGAGAUAGAGAGUGAUGAAGAGGAGAGUGGUUUUUACAAUCCACUGGAUCUGCCAAUGGGUGUGGACGGGAAGCCGAUACCAUACUGGCUCUACAAGCUUCAUGGCCUUGGCCAGAAAUUUGAAUGCGAGAUAUGUGGAAACAGUAUCUACAAGGGGAGAAGGGCUUUUGAGAGACAUUUUAAAGAGUUUAAACACCAAGAUGGAAUGCGUCGCUUAGGAAUCCCAAACACAAAUAACUUCAACGAGAUCACUUCGAUCAAGGAAGCGGAAGAACUGUGGAAAAGGAUACAGGAGAGGGAAGGAGUUAACAAGUGGAGGCCUGAGAUUGAAGAAGAAUAUGAAGAUGGUGAAGGUAACGUUUACAACAAGAAGACUUACUCUGAUCUUAAACGUCAAGGUCUCAUCUAACUGAUCACAACAAUUCAGGAAUGUUAAGAGGCUCUACUUGAUUACAUCUCCUUGCUGUAUCACUUUAACUCUUUAUCAGACCAUUUGUCAAGUAUUGUCUCUGUUUUAGUUUCUUUUACCUUGACACUUUUCUUUCCAUAAGCUCGACCUUGUGUUAUGUUUGUCGACCGAGUAUCGAUGUAAAAG